CGGGGUCGACUCCCAGGCCCAGCCACGAGACUGCAUCCCCCCGAGGCUUCGCAGGUCGCUGUAGCUGCGGCUCAUGCUCCGGCCCCCCAGUCGGAUCUGCUUCCAACCGAGGAAGCCGCCGCAGGGGCAGCAGAAUUGCGGCGGUUGCUGCAUCUCGGGCCCGGCGGGCUGCUUCUGCUCCUUGGGGGACUCUUCAAUGUGAGUAUCCACAAACGAUUGAGCGAUACCUGUCCGAUGCCCCUGUUAGCGGCAAUCCAAGGACCCCGGGGGACUCCCCGGUGCGGCGGACAUGCUCGGCUUACCGUCAACGUCUUCUUUGAUGGAGCCGCACGAGGGACGACGGCGGCUGCUGGAGCGGGAACCGUCGGGCGAGGAGCCAGAGGAAAGCGGCGACGAGCUGCGUGAGUGGUCCACGGGGGAGGUGUCGCCUGCAGUGAUGGUGGAGAGUCGAGGGCAGGAAGGUUUAUGGGCGGAGAAUCCGGCAGAGGCCAUGGCGGAGGACAUGAUGCAGGUGUCGGCGGGGUGGGAGGGGCCUCUUGGUUCUAUAUAUGGUGCGGACGUAGGUUCGUCCCAAAAUAGGAGAGGAAAAAGGGCGGAGAGUUUCGUGGGGACACGAAAUACCGAACGAGGUCAGAGGAAAAGUGGGAUGGUUGUAAAAAAAAAAAAAAAGGUCAAGCGGAAAAGUAAGCUUCGCUUCCCCGGAUUCCACAGUUACUUUCCGGUACGAAAAAAAUUUUGCACCUGAAAGAAAGUAACGGUAAUUUUAAUUUCAAUUUUUUCUUCCUCUAUCAGGAGAGAAAAAAAUCAAAAUUAAUUAAACGGAAGGGGGGAGAAAAACAAUA